AUGAAAAAAGGUUCAGUAUUUGCCAAUAAGAAAGGUCCUUUAGGAAAUGCAUUUGGUACACCAGUAAAUAGAUCAUCUACAUCAUCGUCACUUUUUGAUAGUAGUCUUCAACAACAAAAUCGAAAUUGGCAAGCUACACCUACGAAUAUACGAAGAUUACCUCCACUUCAUCAUCAACAAUUAUUACAUCCAUCAAAUUCAUCUUCAAGUAUUCGAGCAUAUCCCAUGGCUCCUACUACAAAUACACCAAAUACGAGUAUUAUUACUCGAACUAAACCAUAUACAUUACAAGGUCUUAUUGAAAAUCUAAAUGAAUUUCUUGCUGAAUUGGGUAUACCUCAUUGUAUACGUUAUGAAACAAAAUAUGGCUUUGAAGAUAUUCUUACUAUUCUUGAUCAUCUAACAAAUCCAUCUCGUUAUGAAAAUCAACGUUUUCAACCAUUUCCACCAAUUCCUCAACCGACUAAACCAGGUGGAAAAGUUUCAUUAACAGAUCGUUGGGCAUAUCUAAAACAUGUUCUUCUCAUAUAUCGUUUAUCAACAACUGAACAACUUUCACGUAUUAAACCAGAACGUACAAUGUCAAAUGAACAUAUUAUGAUUAUGAUUGAAUUAUUAAUUCAAUUAGUAACAUGUACUAUUAAAAGUGAACGAGAACAACAACGUACAUUAGAAAAUAAUUAUUUACGAGAAUUUAAAUUAUUAAUGCGUCAAAUGUUUUGGAUUGGUAGACAUGAUCCAGCUGUUAUGGGAGAAUCUAUGUAUGAAUUAAGACAUCAUAUCUAUGCUAAAGAUAAUCUUGAAAUAGUUGAUAAAUUAAAACAUGAAAAACAAAUGAAUGAAAUGAAUGUUGAACGUGAACAACUUAAACAACAAUUUGAAACAUUAAAAACAACUUGUAAUGAACUUGAAAAUGAAUGUACAUUAUUAACAACAUCAAAUGAAAAUGAUCUUAUUGAAAUUACUAAAAAACAAGAAGAAAUAUCAGAUGAACAAGCUAAAUUAGUCGAAUUAACACAAAUUGUUGAACAAAAAGAAAUGGAUAAAAAACAUCUAAUUGAUCGUAAUCAAUCAUUAUCAGAUCGACUUUUUUCUCAACAAACAGAUGCUGAAUUACAACGUCAUAUUCGUUCAAAUAGUGAACUUAAACAACAACAUGAAGUUCUUCUAUCAACACUUCUUCUUGAACAACAAUUACAUUCCACAACAACGAAUGAACAUAAACGUCUUGUUAAAGAAUUACAAGAAUUACUUGGUAGAUAUCAAAUAUUACUUGCUGCAUAUAAACAUAAAGCAUCUCGUCCACCUCCAUCUGCUGUUGACUUUGAUCUAAGUGAUAUUAUUGGUGAUGCAACAUCAAAUAUAGAUAAUGAUUCUGUUAAACAAGCUCAAAUAGCAAUUGAAAGUUUAACAAAAGAAAUCAAUACUCAAGAAAUUUCUCUUACACAACGUCAUCGAGAUCUUGAACAAGAAUCAAAAAAAAAAAUUGAAGAACUUCAAUCGGCAGAACGUGAAUGGAAAUCAGCAGCAAAAAAUGGUCAACGUCGAGCAGCUCAACAAAAUGAAUUAAGUCGUUUUCAACAAGAAAUUCGUUUAUUAAGAACGAAAAUUUUUGAAAUUGAACGACGAAUUGAAGAGAAAAAAGCAUCAACUAUUGAAUUAAAAAAAGAUUAUGAACAAAUUAAAUCAGGUAUCACAGAAUUAUUAUCACGUUUUGAAUUAUUAGAAACAAAUUAUGUUAAUAAAGAAGAAGAAUUUCGACAAGAAUUACUAUGGUUUAUAUCUGAUCAAACACAAUUAGCAAAAAUAUUUCGACGUGAUGUUGAUGAAUUAAAACGUCAACAACAAGAACAUAUGUCAAAAUUAAAUAUACAUUUAACAGCAUCAUCAUUUGAUGAACUUAUUCAACAACAAAUUAAUAAAUAUUAUCAUUAUAAACAUUCGGAAGAUGAUGAAGAAGAUGAUUGUUUCGAUGAUGAACAAAAAUUAAUGAAUCAAUUUGAUAAACUACAUGAAGAACAUACUAUUUGGUUAAAAAAGAAAAAGAAAAAUGCGAAAAUAACUGGACCAAUUAUCGAACGAUUUCAGGAACUUUAUGAUCAUUUACCAAUGCUUCAAUAA